AUGAGAAAUAUUGUAUUUAAUAUAAUGCUAUCUAAGAAUACAGUGCAGUACAGUCUCAACAGUGGUGGACACCAUUGGAUGGAGGCUUCGAUUCGGUCAUCGCCGAGGGUUCUGUUGCCAAAGGCUUACUCCAGAGUGGAAAUGGAGACACGACUGACCCAUACGGUCGACAAUAGUGCAAACAAUUGUCAGUCGGCUUCGAGUAAUGAGUCCAUCGACUCGAACGGCAAGCGAGACACGAGUGGAACGCAUGAAGCGAACGAUUGUUAUAUUAUUGGAUGCUUUAGUAAACCCAACGCGCGUUCGGCGCCACCAAAACAUAAAGGCUUUUGUGUGGUUUGUGGCGACAGAGCCACUGGUCUUUACUACAAGGCCCUCACGUGUGACGGUUGUAAAGGCAUUUUCCGUCGAGGGCUUAAUGUUAGUGACGAUUACAGCUGCAAAUAUGGCGGCAGAUGUGAAAUAGAUGUGUAUAACAGAAGGAAAUGCAUAGAAUGCAGAUACAACAAAUGUCUUAACGUUGGUAUGUCUAAGGAAUCUGUUGGCACUCAGUGUCAGUGCAAACCAAUGAGCGCUAAACAACCACCGAAAGGCAAACGUAAGCCAAACACUACUACUAAAGCCGAUGCCCGCAAACCGAGUCAAUUGGCGUUCAAUACGUCUAAUACUGAGCCCAAUGUGAUUAAGCCGUUGACUGGCGCCCAAAAGGAGGCAAUUGAUAAACUCGUCGACAUUCAGAAUAUGUUUCAAUCUCCGACUGCGGACGACAUGAAACAAAUCCCUGCGAUUGUGUUGGGGGACAAAGAGUCGCAAUACAAACACCUCAUUGAAUUGACUGCUUUAACCAUUAAACUAAUCGUCAGGUUUGCGAAAAAAGUGCCAGAAUUUGUCGGACUCUUAGAGAAGGAUAAAGUCAUUCUCUUAAAGGCGUGUUCGGGAGAAGUCAUUUUUUUGAGGGCUUCGCGUAAAUACGAUGUGACAACAAAUUCAAUAAUUUUCGCAACGGGUAAACCCUGGACCGAAGAGGACCACCGAAACGCUAGUCCUAACCACAAAGAGUACGCACUCAUCACUGCUAUCGCGCUCUUCAGUCGGAGACCCAAACUAUUAGAGCCCAAGAAAGUGGAGGCAAUUAAGGAAUUCUAUACCCAAACAUUGGAGGCAUACGUCUAUAGCCAUACGUCUGACCGCAACCCCCGUUUCGGCCAAUUGUUAACCGUUUUGGCAGAUCUGCGAUCUCUGGCGCACAUCAACUUUGAGUCGUGUAAUCGAUUGGUUGCCGUCAACAACAAGUUGCCCCCAUUGUUGGCCGAGAUGUGGGACAUUGAGUGUAAACUGGAAUCGCUUUCAAUCGAUAAUAACUCUCAAAACGACUUUGGAUUGAAUCCAUUU